UUGUGUUUUGUACGCAGCUACCAUGGAUAUUUAACAAGCUGACAAUAAAUCUGUUUAUUUGCAACACAUAUCUGACGGUUUAAAUGAAACUCAAAUGGGUCGUAAACAGUGAAGAUAAUAUUCCCAUUCUGUUCGGCCAGUCAGCUUAGUUUACAAGGUGGACAGGAGGUGAUUCUGUCCUCUUUUGUUAUGAUAAAUCCCAUCGGAUCAUCUGCGGCUUUGACACUGACCUAAGAGCUGUGAUGUCAUGGCGGCUGCCAGCGUGACCAGACCUGGCAGUGCCCGGACCACCGAAAAGUCUCAGUUGAUCCUAAAAGUGGUGUCAGCGAAGCCCCAGUCUCCAAAGCUGCCGAACCGUCACUCACGGCUCAGCUCCUUCGUCGAGGUGACGGCCGACGGUCUGACCAGUGAAACCAAAAAAACAGGCAAACGCAGCGGGCACCUGGAGCUGCAGUGGAACGAAGACCUCACUCUUAAUGUGACGCCUGAGAGUCAUCUGGAUCUGAAGUUGUGGAGCUGCCACACCUUGAGAAAGGAGCUUCUGGGCAGUGCUACCAUAGACCUUCUGGACACACUGCGCACACAUGAUGGCAAAAUGGAGAACGUCCAGCUGAGUCUGGUGCUGCAUACGGAGAACAAAGGCUUGGUUGUGGCAGGAGGGGAGCUCAACGUCUGUCUGGACGGCAUGGUUGUUGAUCUGGGCUCUCUGCCCAAUGGCAGCACAGCAGCAGACAAGAGCCUUCAGCCUGACAGACCCAACCUGAGGAGGACACAGAGUGAGGGGACUCCCACUUCAGCUGGAUCAAGCAGCAGGAACAACAGACACUCGGUGGGGGGUCCGCAGGGUGAGUGCCCCGGGGGGUUCAGAGAAAGGUAUCUGCCUAAUGGUGAGCUAACGGAGGAGCAGAACCAUGACACAUCUGGCCAUCGGCAGCCUUCAAAGAGCAAUGGCAGCCCUGGAAACAGUGCAGCAGACAAAGUUGAGUUGACGUCCAACGGGUUGGACAGCAGUCGUGGAGUUGUGGCCCAUCAGACUCCUCCUCCUCCAUCCUCUCCAUCAGGCCGAUCUACAGCUACCAAUAACAACAACAGCAGUAGCCCCUCUCCGGGACGGGACACCCAGGGUCCGGGCGUCCUGGCAGAUUCCACCCCCAACGUCCCCUCCAGCGCAGAGCAAGCCAACAGCAACACAACUGAGUCGACCACAGAUUCGCUCCCGGCAGGCUGGGAGCAGCGGGUUUUACCUCAUGGCAGAGUGUAUUACGUCGACCACAACACCAAAACCACAACUUGGGAGAGACCACUGCCAGCAGGCUGGGAGAAACGAGUGGACCAGCGAGGCAGGUUCUACUAUGUGGACCACAACACCAGAACCACCACAUGGCAGAGGCCCACGGCCGAGUCUGUGCGCAACUACCAUCAGUGGCAGAGCCAGCGCAGCCAGCUGCAGGGUGCUAUGCACCAGUUCAGCCAGCGCUUCCUUUACCAGCCGUCCGGGGCUCCAGUGGAAAAUGACCCGCUGGGCCCGCUGCCUACUGGAUGGGAGAAACGCCAGGACAAUGGCCGAGUCUACUUCGUCAACCACAACACGAGGACCACCCAGUGGGACGAUCCUCGGACCCAAGGGAUGAUCAAGGAGCACCCCCUGCCCCCUGGCUGGGAGAUGAAGUACACCGCAGAGGGAGUGCGAUAUUUUGUGGACCACAACUCUCGCACCACCACCUUUAAAGACCCCAGACCCGGGUUUGAGUCAGGGUCACGGCAGGGCGGGUCACCCGGAGCUUAUGACCGGAGCUUCAGAUGGAAAUACCACCAGUUCCGUUUUCUGUGUCAGUCCAACGUCUUGCCCAGCCAUGUGAAGAUCUCCGUGUCCAGACAAACACUGUUUGAAGAUUCAUUUCAGCAGAUUAUGAACGUGAAGCCGUAUGAUCUUCGGCGCAGGCUCUACAUCAUCAUGAGAGGAGAGGAGGGUCUGGACUAUGGUGGCGUUGCCAGGGAGUGGUUCUUCCUGCUGUCCCAUGAAGUCCUAAACCCCAUGUACUGCCUGUUUGAAUACGCUGGAAAGAACAACUACUGCCUGCAGAUAAACCCGGCUUCCUCCAUCAACCCCGACCACCUCACGUACUUCCGCUUCAUCGGCCGCUUCAUCGCCAUGGCUCUGUACCACGGGAAGUUCAUCGACACCGGCUUCACACUGCCGUUCUACAAGCGAAUGCUGGACAAGAAGCCCACCCUGAAAGAUCUGGAGUCCAUAGAUCCUGAGUUUUAUAACUCCAUCAUGUGGGUCAAAAAGAACAACCUGGAGGAGUGUGAAGUGGAGCUGUAUUUUGCACAGGACAUGGAAAUCCUCGGGAAGGUUUCCAGUCAUCUGCUGAAGGAGGACGGAGAGGACGAGCUGGUCACAGAAAAAAACAAGGAGGAGUACAUCAGCUUGCUUACAGACUGGAGGUUCACCCGCGGGGUGGAGGAGCAGACCAAAGCCUUCCUGGACGGCUUCAACGAGGUGGUUCCUCUAGAGUGGCUUCGCUACUUUGAUGAGAAGGAGUUGGAGCUGAUGCUCUGCGGGAUGCAGGAGAUCGAUCUGGCCGACUGGCAGAAGAACACCAUCUACAGACAUUACACCAAGAACAGCAAGCAGAUCCAGUGGUUCUGGCAGGUUGUGAAAGAUAUGGACAACGAGAAGAGAAUCCGUCUGCUCCAGUUUGUAACGGGAACCUGCCGGCUGCCGGUUGGAGGCUUCACCGAGCUCAUAGGAAGUAACGGUGCCCAGAAGUUCUGCAUAGACAAAGUGGGGAAGGAGACUUGGCUUCCAAGAAGUCACACAUGCUUCAACCGUCUGGAUCUGCCACCCUACAGGAGCCUGGAGCAGCUCAGAGAGAAACUGCUGUUCGCCAUCGAGGAGACAGAAGGAUUCGGACAAGAGUGAAGCCGUUAAAGCAACAGGAUCGCUUUGUUUUCUUUCUUUUUUUUGAUAUUGAUUUUAUUUUAAUUUGUUAAUCACAGGGCUGCAACCUCACAAAGCCGCUCACCUGCUAGAAGAUGUCUGUCGACAGAAUAAAAGUUAAAGUUGGAGCACAGAGGAGAGACCGUUGCUCCUAGUGUGAAUGGACACUUGUGUGUGGAUGCUCACUUUGUUGUAAUAGUGUGAGUUCGACAGGACAGCACCACUCUCAGCUUAUAAACUGCACCAAAACCCGAUGGCAUUAAAGCCUUAAUGUCGCUCCACAACCACAGCACAGCUAACCGCGAAUGCAGUAACAUAUCUACGAAAGAGAAACACUUUUAGCGUUUUAACAAGAGGAUCUGAACAUGUCGGAGAGGUUAUCAGGAACUAGUUUACCUCUGUUACAGAGGAUAGACAGAGGAGAUGUGAUUUUACUUUUUAUUGCUCUGUUAAUUGUGAAGUCAGCAUUUUUUCUUGUACAGACCGAAAAUAAAUGAGAUUUCAAUCCCGAA